GUCGUCUUGUUUUUCUCUUGCGCCGCCGUUGGCCCAAUAAAGCCCAAACCCAAAAACCGAACCGAUCGAUUCCAUUUCAGAUUAAAGAUCGGUUUUUUUCAAAAUUGGACAUUGGUCCGGUUGUUUGUUCUUCGAAAACCCAAAACAUUGUUGUAGUCUCGGGACAUUAGAUGUAGAAGAAAAGUUUGGUAUUUAAACCUAUUUUCAAAGAUUUCCUGCGAGCGCUUUUGAAAGUCCUCAAAAUCCACCAUUCACUUCGGGAUCGAGCGCUCCAGGGGCUGGUUUUUUCUGCUUCUAGAAUCUGCUCCGUGUCCUAGAAGAUGCUUCCCCUUUCGCUCCUAAAGACUGCUCAAGGGCAUCCAAUGUUAGUGGAACUGAAAAACGGGGAGACUUACAAUGGCCACUUGGUUAAUUGUGAUACAUGGAUGAACAUUCAUCUCCGGGAAGUCAUCUGCACUUCUAAAGAUGGUGACCGGUUUUGGCGAAUGCCUGAAUGUUAUAUCCGCGGUAAUACAAUCAAGUAUUUGAGAGUUCCUGAUGAGGUUAUUGAUAAAGUUCAGGAAGAAACCAAAAGCCGUGCAGAUAGGAAACCACUGGGCAUAGGGCGUGGUAGAGGAAGAGGCCGUGAAGAUGGUCCUGGUGGAAGACCAGCCAAAGGAAUGGGGCGAGGCUUUGAUGAUGGUUCUAAAGCUUCAUCUGGAGGCCGUGGAAAGGGUGGCCCAGGUGGAAAACCCGGUGCCAACAGAGUUGGAGGGAGAGGCCGAGGAUGAAUGAUCGAAGCAAUGCAUGAGAUGGAGGAGUUCGAUAAAUAUUAGAGGCAAUUCUUCGCCUAACUAACUACUACGUAUGCAAUGCAAAGCCAAUCCCAAGCGCUGCCAGGUUUUCUCGUCAGUGGCCUAUGUAGUUUCCUUUUCCAUUUCCAUGCAUCACUUUUCUUUUGGUUUGAAACUUUGGAUUCUGAAGUGAAUAUUUAUGCGAUUUUUAGGCAUUCCUCUGCCUUAGUUGUAGUUGUACACGAGAUAGACUAUCUAGUUUGUUGGUGUAAGUGAAUGCAAAUUGGUUCAUAGCUUUGGGAAA